AUGCCCAUCGCCAUCCUCAAACCGCAAGCCGCCACGCCCGCCGCCGCCGCCGCCGACGCCGACUCCGACUCCGACCCCGACUCCCCCGGCGGCGUCGACAUCCGCAACGACGUCUCCGUGGGCGGGGCCAAGCAACGGCGCGCCAUGGACGCAGACGACAUCUUGACCCCCGGCACCAUCAUCACGUCCAACCCCCACGGCCACGGCACGUACUUCGCCCCCUCCACGCAGUCCAUCACCUCCUCGCUCGCCGGCACCCUCACCAAGACCAACAAGCUGCUCUCCGUGCGGCCCCUCCGCGCCCGCUACACCCCCGAAAUAGGCGACCUCGUCGUCGGCCGCAUCACCGAGGUCCAAGCCAAGCGGUGGCGCGUCGACGUCGCCGCGAGCCAGCUGGCCAUCCUCCAAAUCAGCGCCAUCAACCUCCCCGGCGGCGUCCUCCGCAAGCGCACCGAGACCGACGAGCUCCAGAUCCGCUCCUUCUUCUCCGAGGGCGACCUCGUCGUCGCCGAGGUCCAGCAGCUGCACCAGGACGGCGCCGCGUCCCUGCACACCCGCUCCCUCCGCUACGGCAAGCUGCGCAACGGCCUCUUCGUCAGCGUCUCGGGCGUCGGCGGCGGCGGCGGCGUCGUCAGGUCCAAGCGCCAGGCGUGGACCAUGGACGGCGCAAACGCCGCCGGCAGGAUUGACCUUCUCCUCGGCGUCAAUGGCUACAUCUGGAUCAGUAGGCACGUCGACGGCGACGUUGCCGCCGAGGCGGCCGGCAUCAACCGCAUGGAGGAGAGCGUCAGCGGCGGGGUGUAUUCUAGCCAGAAUGACGCCAUCGACGUGCCUACUAUGAGGGAGAUUGCGAGGCUGAGGAGCGUGAUUCUGGCCCUCGUCGAGAAUGGCGUGCGCGUGGACGAGGACAUGGUCCGGAGGGGGUAUAUGGAGGCUGUCGAGAUGGCGAGGGAGUACGACGCCGAUGAUUUAUAUUUGGGAGGCGAGAAGGGCGUUCGCUUGGCUGCCAUUUUGGCCGGUCGUUGA